AAAAUGUCGUCAACAAAUCCAAUAUCGAAUCAAGCGCAGCUCCGUUACCUAGUCGAGUGGUUCCAGGAGUGGUCGGAGAUGCAGCGCGGCGACUUCCUGGGUGUCCUAAUCACCUGCUGCGGUCCCCGUGACCUCGUAAACGGCCUAGUCCCGAGCAUCGAAACCCUCAACUGCAACGAAGAGGGCGCCAGGCCGGCGAGCCUCUUCCAGUGCCGAGUGAAAUUAUUCCGCGAGUGGUGCCAGAACUGGUCGCAGCAGGACAAAGAGUCCCUCCUGACGUCCAUCAAGAACAUCGACCCCAAGUUCGCGGAGAAGUACGAACGACGACUGAUUGACGGUCACGAUUACGAGGACGAGGCGGAGAACGGCUUCCCAGACUGUCCCUCGCCGGCUAAAGUCACGGAGGAGUCAUAACUGCGACUCCAGUCCCGCCGGAUCAGCUAUGGCUGUGCCAUAGGCCCCACGUACGCGCCGCUAGUUUUUUUUUCGUAGGAGAAAUUUAGCAAUCUUUGAUCUGAGAAAAUGAUUUUCUCUAUUUUUGUAUCCAAGAGCUGCUAGUCCGCUUCACUCUCGAAUUUAAUCGAACAUUCCAUCAAUCACAUUCCAUGUGUAAAUAAUGUAUUAUCAGGAGGAAUCACGACCGAAAUUGCUCAAUGCACUGAUUACUGUUCAUCUUGAUUAACAAUUUCUACAAUGAUUUUUCGUUCAACCCUAGGAUAAUCUAGACUAAAAGACCAUUUCGAGCGCGUCUUUAUUGAGAUUUUUUUUGCAAAACAAUACAUUAUUAAACCUAAUUUUCAUAAAUAUAUAAUAUAUUUUAUACGAACAUAUCACGUGUGUGUUUUACAUAUCACAGACUAUGUUUCCGCCCUUUUAGUGCGAACAAAGGAAAUCUCAAAAAGCAUCAUUUCGAUGUUCAUCAGUGAAAAAAUCGGCAGUUUUCGUAAUUCUUGUUAAUUAUUAAUGAAAUGCGUUGUAACUUCUGAUCUUUGAUUAAAACAAAUGCAUAACGACUGA